CGCGGUGAGGCCGGGCCCGGCGGAGCGGCCCGCGGGGUGCGCUGCCCGGUGCUGGUGACUGCUGGAAAUGAAUGCGGCGCCGCUCAGCGUCGUGGCGGGCGGUGCGAAAUUUAAGCUGCCUCAUCAGCCCUGCCGGUUUGCAGCAAUUCAUGGGGAAAGCCAGCGCGCAGCGUUGUCUGGCCAGAUUUAUGCGUGUCAUUGAUUCUGGUUAAUCUGGUGCUUCCCUCAGGCAGAUGGGGCCUGGGUAGCUGUGCCUUCCAGAAGGAAGGCGUUCAUUGAUUACAUUCGUUAAUUACGUGGGCUUUGCUGAAUAGCAUUCUGAAGCGUGGAGCAAUGAGAAACAUUGUGACGGGUGCUUAUUAGCAAUAAAAAUACAAAGCCUUCAGCCAAUGAUUUAAAGAUUUAACUAAAUCGACCUAAACAGCGAGCACUAUGGGAGUUCAGUUCUUAAUUGCUGUAGGAAGCCAUCAAGCAAUAAUUAGACUGCCCAGAGAAGCUGUGGUUCCCCAUCCCUGGAGGCACUCAGAGCCAGGCUGGAUGGGGCCCUGGGCAGCCGAACUGCUGGGUGGCAGCCCUGCACACGGCACAGGGUUGGGGCUGGGUGAACUUUAAGAUCCUUUCCAACCCAACCCAUUCUAUGAUUCUGUGAACUAAAGCAUAGGCCAACACACACACAGAAUGCCACGUGAAGCACACUGACAUACCAUGCUCCCACUCUCCUUGCCUUCACUGCCUGUGACAUGGAAACCAGCCCUGAGUGGUGUCAGCAGGUCCCUGUGGGCUGCUGUGCCCAGUCUGGAUAUCUUGGUUUCCAAAGGCAGCUUGGAAUGCACUCAGUUUGCUUUCCCUUGUGUUAGCUUGGAGUGUGUCACUGUGGUUUCUCACAGGAAAUGGGCUACCACAGUGGAGGUUUGCUUUCUUCUGCACCUGAGAGCAUCCACGUGAGACUUCUGCACUGUAAGACCAUCUUUAAAAUACAGCCUGAGGAAUCGUCAUCCAUCACUAUGAAAAACAGCAUGCUGUGAACUUGCUUCAAGCCUUCUGCCUCAUCAGCUGUCCCUGACCAGCUGUGCUCUGAGCUUGUCUUUGGGGCCAUGGCCUUCAGCAGCUGGAAGAGGCUGCUGCUGUUGGGCAAGGCCUGCAGGAGGGGAGGCUCUGCUCUGCGCUGGAAGCGCUGCUGCCACUGGAGUGCUGGCAAGUCGCUGGACCCUGAGGUGAGAGCAUUUUUGGAAGAGAACACAGAGGUGACCAGCAGUGGGCACCUGACACCAGAGAUCCGGCUGCGCCUCCUCACCCCUCGCUGCAGGUUCUGGAGGGAAAAGCCCGACCUGUGGCCAUAUGGGGACCCUUUCUGGGCAAUUUACUGGCCAGGAGGCCAAGCCCUGUCCAGGUACAUUCUGGAUAAUCCAUGUGUUGUCAAAGGGCGAUCUGUUCUGGAUCUUGGAAGUGGAUGCGGAGCAACAGCAAUAGCUGCUGUGAUGAGUGGUGCAUCUCAAGUCCUUGCUAAUGACAUUGACCCCAUUGCAGGAAUGGCAAUGAGUUUGAACUGUGAACUGAACCACGUUACUCCCUUUCCCAUCACCAUUAAGAACAUCAUUAACUCAGAAGCUGGCAAGUGGGACCUCAUUGUUCUAGGAGAUAUGUUUUACGAUGAACAACUUGCUGAUGAUCUUCAUCACUGGCUGAGGAAAUGCAUCAGGAUACAUGAAACUGAAGUGCUGAUCGGUGACCCUGGCAGGCAUCAGUUUUUAAGCCACAGCAUUCACAAUCAGUUGCGUAAAGUUAUAGAGUAUUCACUUCCCGAGUAUACUAGACAAGAAAACAAUGGAUUAACAUCAAGUAUUGUCUGGAGUUAUCAGCCCUCAAAUAGCCUAGAAAGCUGUUAAAAGUGGCUCUCUAAUGAACUUUGUCUCACGUGGCUGUUUCCUGAGUAUAUAAAAUGGGAAUUGAACGUGGAACACGUCUGUUGACACAAAGCAGGAUGUUCCUUCACCGUGCUUAUUCCAGCCAUGUUCAUUGAGGCUUUGGCUCUGUUUGAGGUGAAACUACACGCAAACUUUAUUCAGCAAGGCGUGCUGAAAUGCAAAUCCAAAGAUAAUUACACUUUGGAGUUCGCUUGCUUGAUGUUUUAAUCUGUGUUAAUCUCACUCUUUGACAGCAUUGUGGAACAUUUUAGGUAUCCAGUACACCCCGUGAAGAGACAGGAGGGUUGCUGAGAGAUUACUGUGCUGCUUUCACACAGUUCUGCAGCUUAUUUACAGAAAGGUGUGAAAAUGAAAAAUGUAAAGAUGUAGGUUAUUGUGUUAUAUAUUUAAUUCCAAGUGCCUUACUUUUUUUUUUUUUUUUUUUUUUGGUUAAUCUCUUCUGAAUGUCCAAGUAACUAAUUUGAGGCUCCUCCUUCCCUCUAAAAUAAUAAAAAAAAUAAAUGCUGCUCUA